CCAUUUUCAAGAAUGAAAGAUUCAAUCUUUGAUGAAAUUGAUGAAAGAGAAGAGUUAAUGGUUUCACCAUUUGGUGGAAUCCCACAAAUGAGGAAAGCCCAUUUCUUGGAACCAACUGUUUCAUCCAUUGAAGGUCCAAGCUUGAAGCUUCCUUCACUCCCUUUUUCAUCUGAAGCUGAAUGGCCAUUAAAAGUUUCUUUUAAUGGCUGUAGGAAUCACCAGCACAAAUGGAAGAAAUGGGUUGAAGCUAUGGAGUCUGUUCAUCAUUCUGUGUGGAAAGCUGCAGGUAUUUAUGAAGCUAUAAUGGGUUCGGUUUAUAAAGUUUAUAUAGAUAAAGAUUUGAUUUUGGGGUUGGUUGAAAGAUGGUCCUGUGAGACCAACACAUUUGUGUUUCCAUGGGGGGAAGCUACGGUUAGUCUUGAGGACAUGAUGGUUUUGGGAGGGUUCCCUGUUUUGGGUAGCCCUGUUUUGUCCCCCCUUCAAUCCCCUGAGUUGGUAGAAAUUGAAGAGAAUCUUGAAGAAGCUCGAAGGGAGCUUAUCGGAUUGAAGGCUGAUAACCAUACUAGAUGGUUAAAUUUUUUCAUGUACAGUGGUAGGAAUAUUGAACAUGAAGCUUUUCUGUCUCUAUGGUUAUCAAGGUUUGUGUUUCCAGGUAAUGAGUAUGAUAAAAUAGGUACACAUGUUUUCCCUAUAGCUGUGAAUCUUGCUAGAGGUAUGCGAUUAGCGCUUGCUCCUGUUGUGCUUGCUAGUAUAUAUAGGGACUUGGGCAUGUUGAAACAGACUAUGAUAAUGGUUUCAUCAAAUGAGCCAAGUAGUGAUGGAGAUGAUGGAGAUACAUUUAACAUUCUAGAAUUUAGUCUUUGGGCGCCAUUGUUCUUUGUUCAAGUUUGGGCUUGGGAGAGAUUGAUAACUUUGCAGCCAGAGCAGCCUCAGAAUUGCAAUAUGGUUAAUGGGGUGAGAAUAGGACGGUGGCACAAUGCAAAACAAGUAGAUGUGAUUAAUGUGAGGACUACUAUUGACUUGUCUGGAGAUACGUUUCAGUGGAGGCCAUACACCUUGGCUGUGGAAGGUUGGUUAAUUCCCAAGUUUUACAAGGAAAAAGAAGAGUGGAUUGAAGGGAAAAAUUUGGAUCAAGAAAUGGAGUCUUUCAUUCGAUGCUUAAGGGUGUGUGAGCUUAUUGGGUUAGAUUGUCAAGAGCCUUAUCGACCAAAUCGUGUAUCAAUGCAGUUUGGAUAUGAUCAAGACUUUCCUAAAUGGAUUCCUCGCUCGCCUGCAAGUCCAGAGCUUGCCUGGUACAACUACAGCAGACCUAUUGAUUCUGAUUUGAGGUUAUACUAUCCGUCUAGGCUGUUUGAACCGGAUAUAACUACACGGUAUUUGAAAUGGUGGAGAAAAGAAAUAUUAUUUCUAGCUGAUGCAUUGAAAGGAUUGUCUCAGGGACGAAGGAGUAAAAGAAAAUCAAAACGGCUUUCUAACCUUUAUGCUUCUCCUGUUUUAGCUCCCAAGUUAAGGAAGGUAAAAGUAGAAAUUGAUUGGGAUGUUUCUGAUGUUCUUCCUGGUCUUCCUACUGAAUCUCAACAGAAACAAGUGGAGAACUACCCUGAAGUCCCUCCUGGUUUUUCUCCCCAGUAUCGUUGGAAAAAUGACAAGAAUUUGUCUAUUGGAGUUUCACAAACAAUGGCUUGUGACAUUGUGCCUCCUGGUUUUCUGGUCAAGCUUAUUGCAAAAGAAAAAGUUUGCACAUCCACUGACCAUGCAGAUGACAAAAAUGAGAUUGGCAAUGUGGUUCUUAGCAAGGGUGGUGGGGAAAAUGACAAGAAGAAUUUGUCUAUAGGGGUUUCACAAACAAUGGCUUGUGACAUUGUGACUCCUCGUUCAACGGAGAAGCAUAUUGCAGCAGAAACAGUUUAUUCAUCCACCGAUUAUGCACAUGGCAGCAAUGGAAGUAGCACUGUCGUUCCUCCCAAGUGUGUGGUGGAAUAUGACAAGGAGAAUUUCUCUAUGGAGGUUUGUCAAACAGUGACUGGCGACAUUGUGCCUCCUGGUUUAACGGAGAAUCAUAAUGCAGGACAAAGUGUUUACACAUCCACUGAUGCACAUGACAGCAAUGGGAAUAGCAGUGUUGUUCCUCCCAACUGCGUUGUGGAAUAUGAAGAGGAGAAUUUAUCUAUGGAGGCUUCUCAAACAGUAGCCUGCGACGUUGUGCCUCCUGGUUCAACAGAGAAUCAUGCUGACUGGGAAUAUGACAGAGAUGAGAGUAACAGGAAUAAAGCCCGCGAUCUUCUUGACAUUUGUGGUAAUCUCAUAGCUGAUAUAGAUCUUCAGCUUGACGAGCUCAAGAGUUGA